AUGGAGAAAAUUGAGGACAACAAUUCAGAUAUAUUUAAAAUUAAUUCUGAAGAUGUUUCAAGUGACAAGAAAUUAGGUGGCCUCAAAACCAUGCCUUUUAUUAUUGCAAAUGAGGCAUUGGAGAAAGUUGCCAGUGUAGGAUUAAUUUCAAAUAUGAUUUUGUACUUGAAAAAUGAGUAUCACUUAACUAAUGCUAGUGGUGCAACUAUUCUUUUUUGGUGGAAUGCUAUGUCAAAUUUCACACCAAUAUUUGGAGCUUUUCUUGCUGAUUCUUACUUGGGAAGAUUUUAUGUCAUUGCUUUAGGGACGUUCAUCACCCUAAUUGGAAUGGUGGUACUUUGGUUAACAGCUACACUUAAAGAAGCAAGGCCACAUGCUUGCAAAUUAGAAUUAGGAAAUUGUCUAAAACCAACCAUUGCUCAAUUUGCAUUUCUAUUUUCAUCAUUUGCAUUGAUGUCUAUUGGAGCUGGUGGAAUUAGGCCAUGUUCAUUAGCAUUUGGUGCUGAUCAAUUUGACAACCUUAAAAAUCCCAACAAUGGAAGGAUCUUGCAAAGUUUCUUCAAUUGGUAUUAUGCAGCAGUAGGAAUAUCAGUGUUGAUUUCAGUCACAGUCAUUGUGUAUAUUCAGACACAAUUUGGUUGGGUUGUGGGAUUUGGAGUACCUGCAGGACUAAUGUUCCUAGAUAAGGCAUGCAUAAUUAGAAAUCCAGAGAAAGAUUUGAACCCUAAUAAUGGAAUAUCUACAAAUCAAUGGAAUCUUUGUACAAUUCAACAAGUUGAAGAAUUCAAAUCAUUGCUCAAAGUACUUCCAAUUUGGUCCACAAGCAUUAUGAUAGCAGUAACAAUAAGUCAACAUGCAUUUCCAGUACUACAAGCAAAUACAAUGGAUAGACAUUUAUCAAAAGGUAGUAAUUUCCAAAUCCCAGCAAGUUCCUAUGGUGCAUUUGGGGUUCUCACAUUGACAACAUGGCUAGCCUUCUAUGAUCGAGUCCUUGUGCCCUGGAUCUCCAGGUUCACGAGGAAACCACGAGGUCUCAGCUUCAAACAACGUAUGGGGAUAGGGUUGUUACUUUCCUGUGCGGCCCAGGUUGUGGCCGCACUGGUGGAAAGAGAGAGACGACUAGCUGAGGCGUUCAACGCGAUUGGACAAAUAGAAUUUUAUUAUUCACAAUUUCCUAAGAGUAUGGCUAGUAUUGGAGUGGCAUUGUUUUCAUUAGGAAUGGGAUUUGGGAAUUUGAUUGGAAGUUUAAUUGUGGAAAUUGUUGAUCAUGUUUCAAGUAGAGGAGGGAAAGUGAGUUGGGUGUCAAAUAAUUUGAAUUUAGGUCAUUAUGAUUAUUAUUAUUGGGUACUUUGUUUGUUGAGUGUUGGAAAUUUUUUCUAUUUUAUUGUGUGUGCUUGGGCUUAUGGAUCUGAUGAAGAUAAAAGAAUUUGGGAGGAAGAUCAAGUUGAAAAGAAAGGAGAGAUUGUUAUGUUAUAG